GGAUAAAUUAAAUACCUACUCAAAUGAAGUCGAGCAGUAUUAUUUCUGAGCAUUCUUUGGCAAUGAAAAGCUUUGAGAUUUCCCAUGAAAAUUAUCAGGAAUUGAACAAGGAGACUCAUCCAGAGGACAUCGAGUUGACCAGGGCUGUGUUCACAGUCUUCAAAAUUGCAAUUCCAAGCAGCCUGACUCUCUACGUGGAGUACAUGUGCCUUUUCUUAAAUGUAUUGUUCGUUGGAUUUGUUGAUGACCCUAUCCUUCUGGGUGGCCUCGGCCUAGGACUUUUUCUAAUAACCCAUUUAAUGUUGUCGUGGGGAGUUGGGCUCUGUGGAGGACUUGACACACUUGUGUCACAAGCUUUUGGAAGAAACGAGCUGAGGUUAUGUGGUACAUAUCUCAAUACUUCAAGGAUAAUUCUGUGUGUCCUCUUUGUUCCUCAGUUCUUGAUCUUGUUUAACAGCAAGUACUUCCUUGUGGCUAUUGGACAACCUGAAGAAACAGCAGAGAUUGCACAGACUUAUGCAAGAAUCUCGUUAAUAGGUGAAUUCUUUCAUAUGCAGUUUGAAGCAACAAGGAGGUUUCUGAUGAAUCAAGGAAUCUUUACACCUGUGCUGUACUGACUUGCGAUCUCAACAUUCACCCAUGUGGUUGGUCUAUGCCUUGCAAUAUUUUACUUCGAGUCUGGAGUUGAAGGAGUAGCCACAGUGACUUUAAUCUCAGCUACCUUAAGUUUUGUACUAGUUCAGGUUUAUGUCAAUUUUAAAAGUGAAGCUGUUUUGUCUGAUAAAUGGUUUUUUCAAGAUAUUGAGGCUGUCAGAAUGAUUCCUGAAUAUCUCAAGUAUGGACUUUCAACCACAAUGAUGACUUGAGUUGAGUGGUUAGGGUAUGACAUUCUCAAUAUAUUUGCAGGCUGGCUCGGACCAAAGAAACAGACUGCAUGUGUCGUAAUGCUACAGGUCUGGUAUAUUAUUACUUGUAAUUCUUUUGGCAUCACAUAUUCUUGCACAGGCUUGAUUGGAUCAGCCUUAGGUGAGAACAAGCCUAAGACAGCAAGAAAAUACUCUUAUGCUGCUUUGAUAGUUGGAUAUUCUGAGAAUAUAGUGCUUCUAGCAUUAUACAUUAUUUUUAGGAGUCAUAUCAUUUCACAGUUCACGACUGACGAGGAAAUCAAUUAUUUGAUCAAUGACUCAUUUGUUCUCUACAUUAUUAUGGUGUUUAAUGACUUAUCCGCUCAAGUUUGUGGAGGUAUUGUCAGAGCAAUAGGGGCUCAGAACAAAGGAGCCAUUAUCCAGAUAACAUCCCUGUGGGUAAUUACAAUUCCAUCUGCAUUUCUUCUGGCAAUUUACUUUGAAUAUGGAUUCAAAGGCUUAUGGUACAUUACUCCUUUCGGAGUAUUUUGAAUCCAUGCUGGCUAUGUAACUUUAGUAUUGCUAACACCAUGGAAGAAAGUUGCAGAAGAGGCUUCAAUAAAGCUAUCAGAGCUUAAUUAAAUUAAAAAUAUCUUCAAUCC